AUGGCCGAGACGCCGCCGCCACCGCCGCAGCGCAAGUCCCUGCAGGACCUCGACAUGGACACCCAGCGCCUGAUCCUGAGCCGCAUCCCCUGCCGCGUCGACCGCGGCCGCAUAUCCCUCGUGUGCCGCGCGUGGCGCGACAUGGUCCGCAGCCAGCAGCACAUGCUGGUGGGGCGCCUGCUCCCGCAGCCGCGAUCGCUCCAGUGGCUCCUCCUCCGCGCGCCCUUCCCCGCCGGCUCCAACCGCGUCGUCUGCGUCCUCAGCGGCUGCCGCGUCCACCACUACAUCAAUGUCGUCCCGCCCGACGCGCGCUGCUUCGGGGCCCACGGCGGCGCCUGGCUCUUCGUCGACACCCGCGAGCCCGUCCACAGUGCCGCGGCCGUCAACGCCCGCACCGGCGCCUUCCGCAACCUCCCGCGAGAGCUCCUGCGCCGGGCCGACCCGUACGUCUACAGGAUGGUCAUCCACGCCGCCGCGCUCUCGUCCUCGCCGGACGACGCGAACUGCGUCGGCGCCGCCAUCGUCACGGCCUGGCAGAACGCGGCCCCGGGAGCCGGCCCGCCGCCACGCCGCCGCUGCGUCGCGCUCUGGCGCAGGGACUGGCCGCGGGCCUGGGAUUUCGUGCCGCCCGGCCAAGACGACGUUUCCUUGAAUGUUGAGGACGUCCUCUACCUCAACCACAAUGGAGCAUUCGCCUUCGUCACCCAGGGAGAACACAUCCGCAUUUGCGUGCCAUUGCGGCUUUCAGAGAACAUGCUGUCAACAAAAUGGGGGACGCUCCGCUUCCGUCCCGGUGGGCCCCUCUACGACCACUUCGUCCGCUCUCGCUACCUCGUCGUCUCCGGCGGGGAGCUGCUCAUGGUCGUCAGGUUCACGCCUCAUCCUAAUAUGCCGACGUCCAAGUUCAAGGUGUUCCGGACGGCUAAACGGAACGUGAAUGACGACAACGCCGACUUCCCCAUCGCUCUGUACCCCUGGGCAUGGAGCGAGCUGGACACGCUGGGUGGCUGGAUGCUGUUCGUCGGGCAUGGCUGCUCCAGAUCCUACAAGGUGGAUAAGUACCCGGGCUUCAAGGAAGGCAUCUACUUCCUGGAUGAUGGCAAGUUCUACGACGAUGCAGUGAUCUUCGACAACGGCAAUGGGAAUCACUACCCCUGCAGCGACGACGGGAAGUGGUCGGAAGGCCAAAUCCAGCGCUGCUUCCCGAGGUCAGACCCAUCGGUCCACUCUGCUCCAGUUUGGCUUCUCCCUGGAGGCGGCGACAUGUUUUCAGGUACCCUAUGA